CCUCCUCCUCGAACUUCCAGCCUCCAUCUCCCAACCCGCCACCGCCCACCGCGGCCGCUCGGCUCCUGCUGCCAAUACCGACGGAGCAGGUACCGGCAGCGGCCGCGUGAGCGUAAGAGGUCGGACUGCCGCGCGCGACACUUACGUACACAUGGCGGCCAGGGUGCACAGCAACCGCGUGGCGGCAUUGGCGGCGUCGCCCGCGAGGACGGGCCAGGAGAGGCGGCUGAGGCGGUCGCCCGCAAUGGUGGACGCGCGGCGGCGGCGGGAGCGGCAGCCGCGGUGCGGGGAGGCGGCGGCGGGGACGGCGGCGGGGUGCGCGGCCGUCUGCUGCUGCAUCCCGUUCGCCGUCGUCGAGCUCGUCGUGCUCGCCGCCGUGCGCGCGCCCGCCGCGCUCUGCCAACGCACCAUCCGCAGCCAGCGCAGCCGGCGCCGCGCCGCCCGGGCCAGGCGGAUGAAGGAGAUGGAGGACCUCAUCCUCGCCGCGGACGCGUCGCCCAGGACGGUGGCCGCGGUCCGCGCCAAGCACGCGGCGCUGGUGGCCGAGGAGGAGCAGGGGUGGUGCCACUGGCCGUCCAAGCCCGCGGCCGCGGCGGCGGAGAAGGAGGUGGAGCUCGCCGAGGAGGAGAAGGAGGUGUGGGCGCGCUUCAACGCCACCGGCUUCUGGAGGAGCCCAUCGCAGCGCGAGGAAGCGUGGUGAUCGCUCGCCGCUCGCACUCUCCGCCCGCUCUCGUCGUUAUCGGUUUCUUUAGCUUCCUUCCCUCCCUUUCUUGGGCCAAGAGGAACCAAAUCUUUUCAUUUUGCAACGUUAAUUGCAACUCUUUGUGUUUCCCUUUUCCCAAAUUUUGUCAAAUUGGGUGGAAUGAGAAGAAACCAUGCUUGCUUAGGAAAGUAA